AGACUCUAUUUCUGCCAGAAGAAGAGCCAACAGGCCCUCACUUGCUUCGAGCAGGUGGCCGAAAUGACAAGCAAAAUCUACGGGGAUGACGCGGAUGAACUGAUAAGUGUGUACACAGACAUGGGCAAGGCAGAACAGAUGGGGGCAGGGGGAGGAGGAGGGGUGGGGGCCGAGGAGACUUCUUCGUCUCACUCCCACGAGAAGGCCAUCGAACAUUUCUUACACGCACACUCCAUAGCCUCCGCAAAUCAUCCUGGCUCGUCAUCAGAAACAGCCAAAACAGCCGAAGUAGUAGCCAAUGGAUACCUCACCAUGGCUAUGUCUUCUGCAAAGCCCGCUUUGACCCCGGAUGCAGUUGAAGAUGCGCUACGCUCUUCCGAAACAUACUUCACAGAAGCGGCUGAUAUUUUCCUCCUAGAAAAAGGUAUCAAUCACCCGGACACCAUACGAGUAACAGAACAGCUGGCAAAGAUAAACAUCAAACUGAAAGACUUCGAGGCUGCCAAAAAGUACGCCAAAACAGUGCUGGAGAGCAAAAUUGAGGUGUACGGAGAUAUGAGUGAUGAGACAGCUACCUCGCAACAGACACUAGGGACUAUUUGUCUUUCGCAGGCGAAUUUUGAGGAGGCGCACAAGUUGCUGAAGAAGGCGCAGCACACCUUGACUCAACUUCUGGGACCAAAUGCGAAACGGGUGAAAGACAUCGAGAAAAUGAUAGUCAUCAUUGAACAAUCUCCGCAAAUGAGAGACAAACUAUCAAAAGAAAAACACCUUCACAACAGACCAGCAUUUUCUAACAACUUCAAAGUCAAGUAAUUUAAACUUAAACUCGUAUCUAUUAAAUUUAUCUGACU